GAUCAUUCUCGUUAUUUAUUUUUUCCAUCGAUUUCUCUUUCGGCAAACAAUGAUCGUCGAAUGUCUCUUCAUUAAGAACUUCAUUACAAUUAUCAGCAAUUUGAAUUAAUCCAUCAUAAUUUUGAAUCUAAAUUCGAGGAAGUUGAGAAUGAUUUGAAGAAACGUAAAUUUUAUGGAUUUUCGAGAAAAAGAGGAAAGAAAUAAAUUUUGAGAAAAAUUAAAAUAAAAAAUGGAGAGAUGAUAAAAUUAGAGGAGUGGACAUUUUUCUUUUUUUCAACUUUGUUUCAACACUGAGGAUAACAACUUGUCAGAUUAUGUGUCGAAUGCUUCUUCUGUUAUUGAUUUUAAAUUUAUCAAUAUCAGAAAAUUUCAAUCUAAAAAAUGAGGAAAGAUUUCUAUGUGUAAUAAAACCGGAAAGAUAUUUUCUCUGCGACAAUCGCAAUUGUAUUAGAAGAUUAUACAAAUGUAAUGGUGAAAAUGACUGCGGUGAUAAUUCCGAUGAAAAAGAUUGCGAAGGAUCAAUGUGGUCGCCAAUAUUUCGUAAUUGUACAAAAGAUCAAUUUCAAUGUCGACAUUUUAGAUCUUGCAUACCAAUAAAUGAUUUUUGUAAUAAAGAAGAAGAUUGCGAUGACGGAAGCGAUGAAUAUGAAGGCUGUGAAUCAAUGUUACAACAAAUGCCCUGCUCAGGUUUUAAAUGCGAAAAUGGAUUUUGUAUAAAUAAUAAUUUGCGUUGUGAUGGUAAACAAGAUUGCUCAGAUGGAAGCGAUGAAUCUAAAUGUGUUUUAGCGCCAGUCUGUACUAAAAAUGGAACUUUCAGUCAUUAUUGUGAAGGUAAUUUUAAUUAUUCUGUAUAUGACUGUAAUAAUGAUGAAUAUAUUUUGAGGAUUACUGGUCGUUGUAAUUAUGUUGCUGACCGUGCUGCAUUAUUAUUUUCAACGUGGACAACUAUUAAUUCAUUUCAAUAUAAAUCCAAUUCAACUAUACGAUAUACACACUAUUUAAGUUUACAAUCACCAGGGAUCACUAAUUUAAAUCAUGUCAUUGGUCUUUCUCAUUAUAAAAAUUAUAUUUAUUGGUGUAGUUUUGUAUCAAAUGUUUAUAUGAUUUUUAGACGUGAUCUAAAUAAAUCAGAUUUUGAAAUUAUGGUGUCAGAAGGUAUCCAAACGGCUCAGGAUAUUUCUGUACAUAAUAUCGAUGGGUCUAUUUACAUCGUUGACAGUCACUACCAUCAUAUUUUAUUUUGUCGAGAUGAUGGAUAUUAUUGUAAAGUAAUAAUUUCCGACGGUAAACGAAUACCAAAGGGAAUUGCUCUUGAUGAAUCCAGAUUUUUAAUAUACUGGAGUAGUUGGGGACAGGAUCCUUGUAUAUCAGUAGCUGACAUGAAUGGAGAAAAUAAAAAUGUUUCAGUGAAAGAAAACUUAUUUUGGCCAACUAAAUUGAUUAUUGAUAAAGAAAAUAAUCGAUUAUAUUGGAUUGAUAUUAAAUUGCAAACAAUUGAAUCAAUUAAAUGUGAUGGGACCAAUAGAAAGAUAUUGUUGAAAGAAAUUGUAAAAAAUCCUAUUGCUAUUGCUGUGUUCGAAGGUACUUUGUAUGUUGUCGAUAACAAAAAUAGUACAAUUUAUUCAUGCAACAGAUUUACAGGCAAGAAUUUAAAAGUUGCUCAUGAAUUAAAAGUGUUUAAAGCAAUAACUGAUCUUCAUGUUUUUGAAAAAUCAUUUCAAAGUUCUUUUAAUAGGGAGCAAGUUUGUUCUCAACUUUUUAUUCCACUUUCAUCUAGAGAAUCAAAAAACUAUACCUGCGCUUGUGCCUUUGAUUAUGAAUUAGCAUCUGACAAUAAAACAUGUAUAGCAUCUCCAAAACAUGAACACAUUAUAAUUGCAAAUAAGAAUAAAUUAUUUUCUUAUUAUAAAAAUAUGAUUGGAAAACCAUUGGUCAAAUCAAAUCGAGUCUUCAGUUAUAUUACUCACAUUGCCUACGAUCCAAUUGGAGACAACUUACUUGUGGCCGACCAGCAAACAAAUACAUUGUACAGUUUUAAUUGGAAUUCAGAAAACUUAACAACAAUUUUAGACAUAACAAAUGAAUUUAUAGGAGGCAUGGAUUUUGAUUAUGCUGGUAAUAAUUUAUAUUGGUCGAACACGGAAUUUAAUGUUAUUGAAAUUUACAGUAUGAGGACAAAAAGUCGAUCGGAAAUACCGUUUAUCAAUCAACCCCAUGAAAUUGCUCUUGUACCAGAAAAAGGAAUUAUGUUCGUCGUAUUUGAAAUGAAAUCAAAAGAAUAUGAAAUGAAAUCAAAAGUAUAUGAAAUUAAAAAAUUGGAUAUGUCUGGAAAAGCGGAAAAUGAAGAAUUUCUUCCAACUAGCAGAUUAAUGGGACCAAAAAUAUAUUUGGCUUAUGAUUUUCAAAGUAAUCGUUUAUAUUAUGCCGAUGAGGGUUCAGGUCUAAUUUACAGUAUUUUUUAUUUAGGUUUUAACAAAAAAUUUAUUCUUCAAACUGAGAGAAAACCUACGAGCAUUGCUUUAAUAGGCAAUUUAAUAUACUGGACAGAAAAAAAUACUGAAGAAGUAUUUUCUACUAAUGCAACAAACCCAUGGGUUGAUUUUAAAAAAACAUUAUUAAAUUUCGCUUUCUCUAAAAUGGUUGAUAUUAUGGGAAAUUCGAAUGCCAUGAAAUUGACACAUUUGCAUAAAAGAUUAUUAAAUGAACACGAUUGCAAUCGAAAAACACCUUGUUCACAUAUUUGCAUUACAACUGUUUCAAAUUAUUACAUAUGUGAGUGUCCCUAUGGAAUGAGUUUGAGAGAAGAUGGAAAAACUUGCGAAAUAAGAACAUGUCGAACAGAUGAAUGGAGAUGUGUAAGAACUGGCCACUGCAUUGAAACAAAGAAAAAAUGCAAUGGGAAAGUCGAUUGUCUCGGUGGAGAAGAUGAAAUAAAUUGCAAUUCAAGUAGUGAAUGUUCAAAUUUACAAUUUCGUUGCAAUAGUGGACAGUGUAUUGAUAUUAGAAGCAAAUGUGAUUUUCAAUACGAUUGCCUCGAUGAAUCAGACGAGAAAAAUUGUACGAGAAAAAUUUGUGAUGACGGAGAAUUUCAGUGUCAUGAUAAGAGUAAAUGCAUAAUGAAAUCAUAUGUUUGUAAUGGACACGCCGAUUGUGAGGACAAUUCCGAUGAAUUAAAUUGUAAAAAUUUCACUUGCAAUUCAGAAAGUUUCAAGUGUAAUUCAACAGAUGUGUGUAUUCCAAAAAAUUGGGAAUGUGACGGAGAGAUGGAUUGCUUGGAUGGUUCGGACGAAAGUGAAAAAUGCGGAACACUAAUUUGCUCAUCAAGAAUGUUUCGAUGCGAAAAUGGAAAUUGCAUUGAUAAACUUUUAAUUUGCAAUGGUUACAACGAUUGUGGUGAUAAUUCAGAUGAAAGACGUUGUAUAAAUUUCAAAAAAGUCGAAUCCAUUAAUUGCAACGCCACCGAAUAUAAAUGUAAAAAAAAUGAAACAUGCAUUCCUCUGAAUAUGAGAUGCAAUGGAAAAGUAGAUUGUCCUCAUGGCGAUGAUGAGAAAAAUUGCAUUCACUGCGAAGAAUCAGAAUUUAAAUGUGAAAAUUUACAAUGUAUCGAUUCAUUCAUGGUUUGCGAUAAAAAUGAUGAUUGCGGUGAUAAUUCGGAUGAGAAAAAUUGUGGAAUUACUCGUCAAGUGAAUAAUUCGACUAUAUGUGAAGAAUUUAAAUGUGACGAUGGUGCUUGCAUUUCAUUUAAUAAAGUUUGCAAUGGAAUUUACGACUGUAGUGAUAAAAGCGAUGAGCAAGGACAAUGUGAAUCUUCAUGUAAUACAACGUCUUCAUGUGAACAAAUAUGUAUUAAAUCACCGAAAGGAUCGGUUUGUCAAUGCGCUCAAGGAUAUAAAUUGCAAGAAGAUGAAAAAUCAUGUAAAGACAUUGACGAGUGUUUAUUAAUGGAGGGAACGAAAUUUUGCAGUCAAAUUUGCAUCAAUUCAGUUGGUUCCUAUAAAUGUGAUUGUUACAAGGGUUAUUCACUUCGUAACGAUGGAAUAAAUUGUAAAAGUACAGAUUUAUCAAUGAAAUUUAUCAUAGCCAGUAAUGAGGGUAUAAAAAAUGUUUCCCUCGGUGGAAUUGCAACUGAAAUUAUAGUUCCUGUUAUGAAUGACGAAAUUUCCGGUUUAGAUGUGAAUAUUGCAAAAAAUACAGUUUACUGGAGUAACGAAAAUAUGAAAACUGUUUCGAGAUUUAAUUUAACCACCGGCGAGAGAAAGGAAAUAUUUUUUCAAAAUCCGGAUCGUUUGACAGUAGAUUGGGCAACUGAUAAUGUUUAUAUUUAUAGUAAAACAUCGUCGGCAUCGAUUCAGGUUUGCAAUCUCGAUAAAGGAAUUUGUGCCAAUAUAAUUUCUCUCGAUAAAGUUGGAAAUGUAUUUGCUCUUAUUGUCGAUUCUGUGAAUGGAUGGAUAUUUUGGAGUCACAGUAAGCAAUCAAAUUACAGUAAAUCGGAAAUAUAUCGAGCUGAAUUAACUGGAAUGAAUCAAACUAGUAUUAUAAAAUCAAGAGUGACUAUUGUUUCUGGUCUUGCAAUUGAUCACGAGAGAUCACGACUUUAUUGGUGCGAUAUUCUUUUCAGAGUUAUUGAAAAUUGUGAUUUUGAUGGAAAUGAUCGAAAAUUAGUCUAUGAAGAGGAUGUUUAUCAUCCAAUGCAAUUAAAUAUAUUCGAAGAUCAUUUAUAUUGGUUGUCAGGUAUCAGUGAAAAAAUACAAAAAUGCCCAUUAGUUAAGAGCGAUUUUGAAGAAUGCGAAACUAUUGAUACUGGAAUGUCAGAUAUUCACAAGUUCUUCAUUAUUGUGCAAAAAUCUCGACAACCUUUUGUAAAAAAUAGAUGCGAAGAAAGUGAGUGCGACUACAUGUGCAUUUUAACGAAAGAUAACUCAACUUGUAUCUGUGAAAAUGGACAUCCUGUUAAUGGAAUGCAUAAAUGUACAACUACACAAACGGAAUUAACAAUAAUUAACAAUCAGAAACCAACGAAAUAUUAUUCACAUAGAAAAUACAUUUACAUUGGAAUAAUACCAGUUGUAAUUGUUUUUCUUGGAUUUUUCGUUUAUAAAUUUUAUUUCAAGAGGAAAUUUUCCAACAUUUCCGUUGGAUCAUUAUUGGAACGAUUCAGUAUUAAUAAUAGGACAAAUAACGCAAAUUCAUCUCAAGAUCGUGAUAGAGAAUUAAGUCUUGUAGGCAGUGAAUUUGAAAAUCCAAUGUUUCAAGAUGAAUUAUCACCAUCUCUUCCGAGAAGUAACGUAGAUAUUGAUAACGAGGGGAGAAGUCUAAUUAAUAGAUCGUAAUUGGUAUCAAAAAAUUUUGAUAUUUUGAUAUUACUUUUUUAUUAGACAUUAUUUUUUUUUUUUUUUUGAAAUCCCACCUACACCAAAUAUGAAUUAAUUUUCUUUUUCAACGACUCAGCA